CUUAAAAGUACCCAAACAAAAAUCUUAACCUCGCCGGAAAAUGGAGCAGCAACCAGAAUCGGCGAUGACUACAAGCUCCACCGCCGUAGAAGGAGGAGGAGAAGCAAUGGCUAGAGGCUUAUCAGCGAUGCUGGAGUCGGUCAUCAAAGAUUUUGACUCUAUAUCUCUCGAUGCGCUCAAUAGCCAAGACAAACUCUCCGCUUCUCUCGAUCGCUUAGUCCAAGAGCUAGAUCAAUUGCUGGAGAACGCUCCGUUGCCGUUGAUAGUACAACAGGCAUCGAGAAUCACAAGCGUCAAACAAAGAGUUUCGUCUCUUAAUCUUGUCCUUAAAUCUAUUCAAAGGCGUAUCGAUAACAUCGAUCACAUGCUCUCUGCCAACCCCACCACCACCACCACCACCCUAGACAAAACAUCCUCGGAAACUACUACAUUAUGAGCUUACUACUGCUUCGGGUUUGGUAGCAGAGAGAUUCAAAGAGGUGAUGAGUUUUUUUUUAUUUAUAUGAAAGUGUCUCUAUGUAAUGUACAAGUUUGCUCAUCGUUUUGAAAUUAUCGGGCUUCUCUAGUGGGCUUUUCUUAUAUCAGUUUUAUUUUUAAUUUCGAAUAGCCCAAUUUUCCAUUUUUAUUUGUUUUGUUUUACUAUAGUAGUAAUAAAAUAUAUUUUUUUUUGCUUUCUUUUGUUUGUAUCGUUACAAACUCUAAUUCGAUGAUGAACCAGGGUCCAUCGACCCAAUCAUGUAAAACAGAAUUUUUAAGUGAA